AUGGCGUGUGAGCUCCUGCGCUAUCGCCCCGUCGAUGACCUCUACGAAGAUUGGCUGGACCGCACCGCUAAGCUUGUCAGCGCCGCCGUGGGCUCUCCUGCACCGUCUCUCUCGCUGCCUCGCCCGCCGCCUGCUGCGGGUGACGUAGCACCUCCUACACCUCCUACACCUCCCUGUCAAGACAUCGCCCUCUGGCCAAGGCGCGAGGUCCCGCGGCGUGACCCACCGGGCAGGGCGCCGGUGCAUGAAGAAGAAAGCUGCCAGAUGGUCCAGCGGCCGCAAGAAGAUGCUCGUGCACGCCCAGCACCACCACGUCAAGACAACGCACCGCCUACGGCGGUGGCGCGCGAGCGCCAGGAUCAGGCUCCACCUCCACGACGGGCUCCCAUGACCACGACGGGUUGCCGCGUCUUCACUCCGGAGCUACGUAGUGUCGUCUGGCCGGGGAAUUUCAAGCCUGACCUGCCUCCACGCUACAACGGCUCCCCCGACCCUGCUGAGUUCCUGUAG